ACUAUGGUACAGCACAUUUGAGCACUAACUCAGAGUACGCAUUGCCAAAUUACCAAUAAAAAUUUAGUUAUUGGAUUUCCGGCCAUUUACAACGCGAGCUGGAAACCCGGCUUUGUGUUCCUUUAGAUACAGAUCCUGUGAAAAUGUCUGGAAAAAUCUUGAUGAUAUUGUUAAGUGUUAGCACAUCGGCUUUUUGCUUGGAACUGUGUCCACACGAUUUGGUUUCUAUAACAUGUGAGAAGUCCAGAGCGAUCGCCAAUUUCCGAUUCGACGCAUUAGUGGCACCGGAAUCACCAUGGAAGGAAUUUUCCGGCAUGAAUUUGUUUUCCUCCCUGAUUGAUUUCAAUAGUAGCACUUUUCUUCCCCUGGAAUUACAUUUUGAAGAGCAGCGCUUAUCACGCAGUUUAACGUAUGAAGAUUUUCUGCGCGAGGAAACGAAUACAACAACAACGCUUAAUAAACAACUUACUCUGGAAAUGGUCUGGCCUGUAAAAGAUGAUGGAUCCAUCUAUCGGUGGCCGUUCAGUGUGGAAUGCGGCUUUAAAAACACAGUGGAACAGGAGAGUGCGCGUUUGAGUUUCCACGGUGGUGCGGAUUAUGGGAAUGCCAUUACGCUUGAAAUAGACGGUGGCGCUGAUGCUGUUAUUCCACCUGGUCAGCGUGUCCACUUAACGGUUGAAAUUCCUGCUGAUCUACAUGCUGUGCCUGACACUUGCAUCCUGAUGCCGGGAGAUGCCGAUGUUGAUCUUUCUCAUGGACUUGCGGAAACUAAUGCGUGCUUUCUCGUCAAAGACAGAAUGAAAUCUUCGGAAAAUUGCACGAUGACUGGCGCCGAUCCUGUCGUGUUGAACGUGAAAAGCAAUGUGACGUCUAACGAGACCCUUUCGAAAGCUGUACUGCUGGAGUGGAACUCUUUUCUGUAUCCAAACAGCAGCGGAGUUUUUACGGUUAUCUGUGCAAUGAGGAUAUGUAACUUUGCCGAUAAUACCAUCUGCAAUCUGGAUGGGUUUAAUUCCCCCGAAGAAAACGAUACGAGUAUGGAAAAACUGAACAUCGAUUUGCGCGUCGACAUUUUUAAUGAAACAUGGAUUUAUUAUGUGACAAAAAGCUAUAACAUCCGGCUGCCUACGACGACCGAAACCACGUCUUCCACGGUUACGACAACAUCAGCAACGAUCUCGACUGGAACACCGGUUCCUGUUCGACCGGGAGCACGCAAUGAAAAUGAUAUCUGCCUUCCACCGGCGGAAAUGUGGAGCAUAGUGACCGUACCCUUUGGACUGAUUAUUAUCGCAUUGGGAUUACUGAUUUUCCUAAAUGUGAAACUGAACAAGUCUACCAAAAGAAAGGCAUUGGACAGUGUGCCAAGAGUGUCUGUAACAACGGAGCCAGUUCUCUUCCGGCGUCCACAUUUGGUCCAGGGUCAAGGUCGGCAGAGACGAGAUCGAGAGUACUAGGCCGGCAAAUCGUCGUGGAUUUUCUUAGCCAUUUUGUAUAACUGUAUUUCUUGUCUUUCAAUUGGUUUUUAAAGUCUGACAAUACAUUUAAUGUGUUUCUCCGAACAAGCCGUUAGCGUUAUCAAACUGCAGAAUAAAACACUGUCCAAG